ACAGGGAGGCCUGGCAUGCUGCAGUCCAUGGGGUUGCAAACUGUUGGACACUACUGAGCGGCUGAGCUGAACUGAUGAUUUCCGUUUUUCUUUCUUCUUCUGAAAUGAAUCUUUACAACUCUUCCCCAGUACUUCCUACUUAUUUUUUGUGUAAUAUUCUUACCUUCUCCACACACAACAGGUAGCAUGUCCUGUUGGAACUUCAGUUUCUAAAAAUGCUGUAGUUUUAGAUACAAGAACACUCAUCACUAUAUAUCACUUAUUUCUUUCCAGUGUCUUACCAUCUUCUUUGCAUCCAGAGAGUAAGUUCAAUUUUGACCUAAGUGUCACAGAUUACUACCAUGUCUUUCCAUCAGAUAUAGUCAAUUCUAAUUUUCAUGUCAAUGAAAAAUUACCUGGCUAGCAAUUCUAAAUUUGUACUUCCCAAAGGGUGUAGAAUCAGAUUUGUUUUGUGAGUUACAUAUUACAUAUUAGCAACUUUGUUUUAAUUGCUUCUAAGGGACUUCAUCCCCAAAGUACUAGAAAUUUUCUAAAUUCUACUCAAACCAGACUGUGAACUUUAAAUUGCUUUUGGGAUUAUAAACAUCCUCAAAGCAGCAAAGAUCUUAAGUUGUUUUGGUACUCCAUUGGCUGAUCCUUUACUAGUGAAAUAAAUGACUGUAAAAAGCUCUAGCUUUCAUUUUACUGAAAGUCAGUUCUGUUUUGCUAGUGGUUAGUUUCCUUUUUUUUCCGCAAUGUAGAAAUGACAGCUACUUUAUAUUAAUGAAAAAAAUGAUAAACAAAUAGUUCUUCUUUUAGUUGUUUUACUGAAUUUUACUGAAUUUACUGGGUUGGAAUUUAUGAGACUAGCCAUCUCAUAAAAAAGUAAGUCGACUCCUGUUUCUGUUUUAAUAUAAAAAUACUGAUACAAGUAAUUAUAACAUUUGCUAAUGUUUAAAAAUAUUUUAGAAUGACUCACCUCUCUUUAUUAUAGGUUUUCUGAAUAUGCAGUGAGAGGAUCAUCAGCAGAGCAGCUCUUAGAGCAGAAGUUAAGCUGCUAGAUUUCUGUGGAGGGAGAAGCUAUUUUCUCAGACAUGGAGGUAAAAGAGUAAAUUCCCUGUCCCUUAAAUCUUUCAGUUCAUAUAUAUAUCUUUUUGUUUCAACUGGAGAUUAUGACCGGUGCACUAAAGUUUUCUGAGAUCAACUUGUUAUUCUUUAUCUGGCAGGAAAAUAGAGUUACCUAGAUUUCCCAAUUUGUACCAAAAGAGACUAAGAAGAAUAAUUGUAUAUAAAAUAUUUUCUUUUAUAAGCAUUACUAAUGCCUUAAUUAAUAUUUUAGGAUAUUAUAGGUAUACAUUUCUCCUCAAAUUAGAAAUUACCAAACAUCCUUUUGCUAAAGAUGUAUCUUUUCAGUUUGUUUUUCUAGUCGCAAUCUAUUUGCAACUGAGGUUAUAUUACUGUUGACGCAGGAUUACACAUACCAUUUGAUUUUAGUAGCUGUAAAACAAUUAUUUUUGUUAUGGAAAACAUUAGUUGUAUUCUGGAAUGUUUGAUCAAAAUGUUAUGGUGACAUUGCAUUCAAAAUAAUUUCAAACUCAUAAUGUGAGACAUAAUUCUAACCCAGCUAUAUUUGUUCGGAAUCUCUUCUAAAAAGGGCCCAUUUUCUUUUCUUUGAAUUUAAGCCUUCUUCAUGAGUUCUGAAAGUCUAACUGAUUUUAGCUUAGAGGAUUUUAGCAUAUUCUUAUGCUAUCUGUGUAUCCAAUUAUAGGUUCACAUUACCCAUAAGGGAAACCACUUAAGGAUGCAAACAGCUCUUACAAACACUGCGAUAACAGAUCCAUGUAUUCCAACUGCUGCAGAAUUUCGUUUGUUGAAAGAAAAUGGGAAAGAUCAUUAGCUAAUGGAAAGACCAUUAAUAUGGGAAAGACCAAUCAGUCUUCUGUUACAGAGUUUGUCCUGCUGGGGCUUUCUGGCUACCCAGAGCUUGAAGCCAUUUAUUUCGUGCUGGUGUUAUUUAUGUACCUGGUGAUCCUGCUGGGAAAUGGUGUCAUCAUCAUUGUAAGUGUCUGUGACUCUCACCUGCAUACCUCCAUGUACUUUUUCCUCAGUAACUUAUCAUUCUUGGAUAUUUGCUACACCAGUUCUUCUAUCCCCUUAUUUCUCAGCAGCUUCUUAACUACAAAGAAGACCAUUUCCUUCUCCGGAUGUGGAGUACAAAUGUUUCUCUCUUUUGCUAUGGGAGCCACAGAGUGUGUCCUUCUAAGCAUGAUGGCAUAUGACCGCUAUGUGGCCAUCUGCAACCCUCUGAGAUACCCCAUCAUUAUGAGCAAGAAUUCGUAUGUGCCUAUGGCUGCAGGGUCCUGGAUUGCAGGGGGUGUCAAUUCUAUGUUGCAAACCUCUCUUGCAAUGCGGCUUCCUUUCUGUGGGGAUAAUGUCAUUAAUCAUUUCACUUGUGAAAUCUUGGCUGUCUUGAAAUUGGCCUGUGCUGAUAUCUCCAUAAAUGUUAUUAGCAUGGUUGUUGCUAAUAUGAUUUUUCUUGUGGUCCCAGUACUUUUUAUUUUCAUUUCCUAUGUUUUCAUUCUCUCUACCAUCCUGAGGAUUCCUUCUUCAGAGGGAAGGCGCAAAGCCUUCUCCACCUGCUCUGCCCACUUAACAGUGGUGAUUAUAUUCUAUGGAACCAUCCUCUUCAUGUAUGCAAAGCCCAAGGCUAAAGAUUCCUCUGGUGCAGACAAAGUCCAAGUCACAGACAAAAUCAUCUCUCUCUUCUAUGGAGUCGUGACGCCUAUGCUCAAUCCCCUCAUCUACAGUCUGAGGAACAAAGAUGUGAAGGCAGCUGUGAAGAAUAUACUCUAUCAUAAAUGCUUCUCAGGGGGAAAGUGAAUGUUGCUUUAAAAAAUUCAUUUACUCUGAAUGUAGGACUAGUUCUCACCUUUAAGUUCCAAAAUAAAUGUAAGGAUUGGUAGCACCAUUGAUUCUUGAAAUUCUCAUUUUUCUGUUCCUAGGGUCUAAAUGUGAGAGAAAUCUAAGGCCCACGUUCUUCAAGACUCUUAAAGAGAAAAGGGAAAGAAAUCUAUGGGUAGAAAAGAUUCUCAUCCAAACCACAGUUAGUUUAACUCUAGAAUGAGGAGUUCUAUAAUCUUAUGUAAACAAAAGUAGCAUUUAACUAGUUUAAACUCUUAUUUUCUAUGUGCAUCAAUUUUCUAGUUUCAAAACUUUCCUAGGAAGGUUAAGUACAAAGUGCCUUUUAAGAGUCAGAGUGCUACAUAAAUUCAGCACUAAAUGAUUCAUAAUGGGGUAGUGUUUGAAUUUAGAGAGGGAUGACCACUUUUGGAUGUUAGAUACCUGGCUGUGUGCAUAUCAUAGGAAAGAGUAGAAAAAUUAUGCUAUUUUUCCUAGAGCUGAUAUUCUGUUGCCUGCAAUCUGGCAAGCAUACUGCUGUACAGAGUUGUCUGAAGGAAUGUGAGGCUUUGUGCAUACAUCCCAACUGAUGAGGAAAUUUGGUCUAUUUUUGUUUCAACAGAUGAGCAGUGGUGACUUUGAGUGAAAAUUAUAAUUACUGUUAAGUGACAUAAAAAUUACUUAGUUUCUGAAGAACUUGGUUGUACAGUUCUCUGGGAACUUUGUAAUAAUGGAUUUAAAGUGUCACAGAUUAGGUGUUUUUACUGUUACACGAAUUUCCUGUAAAAUAUGAGCUUUCCAUUCUUUCAUUGAGUCAUCUCUUCCUUAAUUCAAUUAUUCAAUCAACCAGUGUUUACUGAGUAUCUACUUUUGACUUCCCUGGUGGCUCAGAUGGUAAGGCGUCUGUCUACAAUGUGUGAAAUACGGGUUCAAUCCCUGGGUCAGGAAGAUCCUCUGGAGAAGGAAAUGGCAAUCCACUCCAGUACUAUUGCCUGGAAAAUCCCAUGGACAGGGGAGCCUGGUAGGCUACAGUCCAUGGGGUCCCAAACAGUCAGACAUGACUGAGCGACUUUACUUAUUCACUUACUUACUUUGUUUCAGGCAUUAUGCUACCUGUUAGCAAUAUAUAUAUACACAUAAAUAUAUAUAUAUAUAUAUACACACACACAUAAAUAUAAAUAUAAACAACAUGGAAACAAAAACCAAAACAUCACCAAGGGGUCAUAAUCUUGUGGAAUAUAGACUGACUUGAACAAAAUAUGAAGAAUAUUUAAUAUUAAAUAUUUUCCCUCUCCACUAUUUUCUAAACUGGUUCCUUUGUUUGCAUUCAAAGGAAAUGAAAGGGUAGAAUAGGACAUUCCAAGAAGUCAGAUCUCUGAUACCCCCUAACCCUCUAGCUGGCUCUGCCUUUGUUUCAUAUGUUCUGUGUUUCUUCCUAUUUUAUUUGGGAAAAAUAAAAGUUGCUGGGAAAAGUUUUAAAACUACUAUGGUAUACUGUAGCAUCCAGUAAGAGUUGUAAGAAAGAACUGGAUACUUUUGGAUUGGUGUUUUAGAGGGGUCAUUUUGGAACUGCAGAGGAUGAAGUGGUAUAACUCCUGAUGAUAAAUUCCUUGGUCACUUUCACAUUUCUUGACCAGCCACUUGCCCUUACCUUGUUUUCCUUCCUGUAGGCUUUCAGGGUACUGAGAUCCACCCAUUUCCUUGCAGUUUUUAUUCCCAUCCUGAUUGGUUAUGGAACAAAGUUUCUCAAAUAACUUUCUUGAUUCAUUCUUUCCUUUAAAGUUUUACUUUAAUUAAUAGAGGCAACAGAGAAGAAAAAGAAGGUAGCAUGAAUAGGAACAUUCCACAGGUUUAGAAAAUCUUCCAGACUUUACCAGAAUUAGCUCUGAUAUAAGAGAACCAAUUUGACUCCUGAAUGAAAGUUUCUUUCCUCAUUCUUUCCUUAUAUUUCUGUUCCUUUCUUGGUUUUAAACUUCACUAAAUACUUACUGUAUGUUUUUUUUGUCACUGACUAACACUAUGCUCUGUAGUAUUUCCCCCUCAACUGUUCAGUAUUUACAUUAUUCUACCUUGUUCAUUCAGAUAUUUAUAUCUUUCCUUUUCUCCUUUGCUUUUUGCUUCUCUUCUUUUCACAGCUAUUUGUAAGGCCUCCCCAGACAGCCAUUUUGCUUUUUUGCAUUUCUUUUCCAUGGGGAUUGU